CCAAGAACGACUCAGCCAGCACAAAGCAAAACUUUGGGGGUCAAAAAAAACUCACACCCCCAUCGGGCGUGUGCACACACACACACAUGAAAACCUAAAGUUCAUCGGCAUGGGAAAGGAGGAGGAGAAGAAACCCCAGCACAGCACGUCCCUGAAUAACCAGAGCCAGACAGGGAAGGCACCCGAAGGGAAGAAAAGCGGCAAUUCGAGCAAGACGCAGGAGCUCGCGAUGAAGAAGAAGAAGCAGAAGAAAACCAAGAAGGAUCCAAAAACUGGCCAGGAGGAGGAAUCCCACACUUGUUGUGGCUGCCGUUUCCCACUGCUGUUUGCUUUGUUGCAGCUGGCAUUAGGCAUCUCCAUAACAGUGCUGGGCUUCCUUAUGGCAGGCAUCAGUUCUUCUCUGCUAGUCAGAGACACUCCAUAUUGGGCUGGGAUAAUUCUUUGUGUGGUGUCCUUAGUGGGAUUUGUUAUGCUUUGUAUUUCAUACCAACCUGAUGAGAAGACGUGUGUGCAGUUCACAGUAAAGCUGAUGUAUUUUCUCCUGAGUGCCCUGGGUCUGAUUGCCUGUGUUUUGGCAGUGGCUUUUGCUGCACACCAUUAUUUGCAGAUGACAAAGUUUACCUGUGACACCAUCCUCGAGUCCUGCCAGUGCAAACUGGACAGUGUGGACCCCCUUGGCAGGACCUUCCUCUACCAGGAUGCAGCUGACUGUGGCAGCCUCACCAGCAUGCUCAACCUGUACUUACUCCUGCAGAUGGCCCUCAACCUGGUCACAGCCCUGGUGUGCCUGUUGGCAUGCUUUGUGAUGUGGAAACACAGAUACCAGGUCUUCUACGUGGGUGUGCGGUUCUACCCUUUAACUGAAGGCCAGCAACAGAAAGUAUAGGGACUGGGCUGGUAGGAGGGUUGUAGCCAGGGAAUGAAAAUGUCAGCAUGCUAUCACCACAGACACCAUGGAGGGAUGAGUGUUUAUAUGGUUUUUGACAAGGAAAAACAUUCACACGGUUUUAAUGAAUAUAUUUUUCAAUCAUUUAUGGAGCAUUUAUCAUAAUGGCUGCUCUUGCAAAAGGUCUCUUGUGAGAUUAUGUAGAAAUCACAAAGUGCUAAAGAUGCAGCUGUGGAAAUUCUCACCAAAGAGGAUCUUAAAUAGCCAUAGAGAAAAUGAGAGCUUAAAAAAAUCAUUGGUAACUCAUCUACAGGGCUAAAGCCAUUAAGAAAUUGGGUCCGUUUCCCUCAUCGGUAGAUACCUGUUCUUGCCUUCAGAGAAGCUAUACUAAUUUCUACCAGGUAAAGAUCUGGUCCAAACUGCUUAAUUAUAAUUAUGCUGAUCAUGCUUAGAGAAUAUGUUGUGUCUUGGAUGCUCUUAGUAUAAUCCAUGCUAACCUGAUGGGGAUUUACCGUACAGAAAUGUAAUAUAGAGUGGUCAAGACCUCUUCAAAGACAUGUUGAGAUGAACAACAAAGUGACUGUUCAUUCAGCAAAUAUGACAACUGCCAUAUAAAAUACACAGAAGAUUUUUUAGAGUCAUUAAUGAUAUAGGUUUCCUAAUCUAAUUACUAAUAAACAACAAUAUUGAAUGCUUUGACCAACAGUGGAUCGGUGGGUCCUGCUUGAGACCACACACAGACUUCUGAAUUAUGAGGACCCAGCACUUUGUGAGAAAAGAUCAACUGAAGAAACCUCAAGUUGCGCUCCCAAAGUAGAGGACCUCAAAUCACUAAUCACAUUGAAAACUAUGUUGACGUUGCUGUAAUUAUAGGCUCCCAAACCCAGCAUCUAGCCAGUUCCACCAAUUAUACUCUGAGCACAAAAGGCCAAAUGCAUUUUUGGUGUAACUCCUCUAAAGACAAUCAACCUUACAUACCAACAGUGGAGUUAGGCCAACAACCCUGAAAGAUAUAUCACUGCAACAAUGAAUGUUUUUAAAAUGGGGUGGAGGGAGGGAAGCAAGAAGAGACUGCUAGUCUCCUGAAGACAUGGUUUAUAAUAACGAGGGCAAGAGAAUAAGGAUUUCUUAAUAAGCAGCACAGAAUAACAAACCACAUCCAAACAGAGCUUUUUCACCCUGAAACUGUGACUCUAGAAGUGCUUCAUGUCUUAUUAGCCUUAUAUCAGCACAAGCAUCCCAGCUUGUCCCUUGACCUGUCAUUACCACAUGCACAGCACAGACUUCUACAUGUCGGAGCAAUUCUAAAUCGGCAGCAUUUUGCACUGCUUGCUGAUAUCUGUUUGUGCAAGGGCAAGGCAGCCGGUGCUCACACCCUGCCAUGACUAGGGAUUUCCCAGUCCCACACAGAGCAAGGGUGUCUCUGAGGUGGGGUGGAGUAAUCACGUCAGAAAAACGGUGCCAUAAUUAUUAGCAAGCAGGAAGCAAAUAAAAUUUCUGUAAGGCUUCAAAAAAGCAAAAUCUUUCUGAAGCAAAAAUACCCACCAGGACAUCAAAAACCCAGUAUGGCAAAAAGCUAGUUGUCUAACUAGCUCUAAUCCUACCCAAAAAUUGCCUUCCAUAUGGUGAUUACAUAUCAUCCCAGGGCUAGACCAGCAUACCUUCAGGGCCAGAAGAUCAGAGUGUUGUUGUUUCCUGUGGUCCACUUAGAGCAAUGCUCAGUGUAUGUACUCAAGUUUUUGUCAUGGAAAGUGCUUCUAGAGUAGAUAUAGCAUCACCAAGGUGCUCUCUGCCAAGCUGCAAAGUGAGGAGCUUGAGAGAAUGAAGGUUUUUGAGACCAGCUUCCAAAUGGCCCUUUUUUACGCACCUAAAAAUAUCAGUCACUAGUAAAGGUGGCUGCAGGGCACAUUUGCAAGGGUGCCUGUUUUCUUGCCGACGUGUCACCACCCAUCCAAAGUCCUAAAUCUGGCUCCCAGGCGUGCUGGGAGCAAGCUGAGACAGCAGUGGAAUGUGCAAGUGAGCUGGCAACGUAAGGCCUGAUUGGCAGCACUGGCAGGGUCGUCUGUGCGGUGACAGGAACCCAGCCCAUCACCCACAGAAUCACAGAAUCACAGAAUCACAGAAUCACAGAAUGGUAGGGAUUGGAAGGGACCUCUAGAGAUCACCCAGUCCAACUCCCCAGCUAAAGCAGGUUCAUCUUGACCAGGUCACACAGGAAUGUGUCCAGACAGGUUCUGAAAAACCAGUUUCCAGCCUGUCUCCCCUCGUCCAGCAGAGCAAGGACCUAUGCCAAGGGCAGCCUCCUGUGUCAGAUGUAUAUGUAGGGGUGCCUCUCACUGGCUGCUUGUACUCAGAUGUUGCUUUGUCUCCCAUCCCUCCACAACUCCAGCUAUGCAUUCUGUGGAAGUGUAGGGCAGAGGACACAUUCUUCCCACCUACACGACCCUUGCUGUGCUCGCUCCUCCCUCUGGCUGAAAAUGUGGACUCCCCACAAAGAAGAUAACAAGAAGCAGGAAAGGAUCCAGGGCAGUGUGAACAACAGCUGAGAUCUGGGGCUUCCUCCCACUCUUACUAUAAGCCACUGUCCCAGUGGCUGAUGAAACAAGAGCAAGUCUCUGCUGGCAGAACAGGGAAUGUUUCCCAUUCUGUCCUUUCCCAAGUGUCCUUGUUGUUCAGAAGAUAACUUGGUCUGCAGUAUUCCAGUUUAGGCUGUGCUGUGUGCAGACUGGAAGCAGGAAGCUGUUGUGGGAGAUGUCUGGCCCCCUAGCCAAGUGGCAUUUCCCCUGGAGCUGGGCUUUUGUAUUCUUAAUCUUUUGACCUCCAUCUCACCCACAUGUUUCCACUCUCUGUCUCACAUUACCUCUCAGGCACUGGGCUCCCAGAGGCUAACUCAUUAGAUGGGCUGGAUUCACCUCUGCCUUGCUCAGCCCUGGGCUUAACCUUACUGGGACUCCUCUAGAGCACAAAAGACAUGGUGGCACAGAGUCACCACAAAUGUGUGGCAACAGGGAAGAGAAGAGAAGAGAAGAGAAGAGAAGAGAAGAGAAGAGAAGAGAAGAGAAGAGAAGAGAAGAGAAGAGAAGAGAAGAGAAGAGAAGAGAAGAGAAGAGAAGAGAAGAGAAGAGAAGAGAAGAGAAGAGAAGAGAAGAGAAGAGAGACUGCUCAGCUUAGUAAGCCAUGCACCUCCAUAACAGCACAACCCUCCACUUCAAGCCACUGCCGAGUUCAGUUCACUAAUCAGUGCAUUUCAGUUUAACUUUUUUCUCUGGCAGAAAGCAACCUUCAUUAUGUAUUCUGAUGGUGUUUUAAUGCUUGAUGAAUAAAUAUGGGGUAUUUUGAUCUAGCAAAGACUAACUUCUGGAUUUCCUCUUUUUAUAUAUAUAUAUUUCUCUCAAGAGCAUGAAAUCAAAACAGGAGAGAUGAGGAAAUGGGCAUGAUAGUCUUUGUAACCGUUUUUCCCCUUGGUAUGGUUUUACAAUAUGUAUUUUGUUCAGAUCAAGGAUUUUUUUGAAAGUACUAAUUAAAGGAUUUUCACCUACUACAGCAUAUUCAGACAGCUCUCAGCCUUUUCCAGGUAUCAGAGUCCACACGGACUGCACCAGGAAAAAGACUGGGACUAAGAGGCUCAGAAAAGACAGAGGUGUUGAAGAAAGAACCAUUGUUUUUUUUAAAG